ACAGCUUUACACUCUCUAGCAGGGCAAGUGAACCAAUAAACCAAAUAAUGACCCUUACAUGAUUAAGGUUUUUUGUUCAUAAAUUUGGUUCAUCCCUCUUGGGAGACAAAAAAAAAAAAAUAUAAAAAAAGAAGAUGAAGAAAAACAUGAAUUCUACUUUAUUACUUUUGUUUUUCUUCUCAUUUGCUGUAGUUAUUCCAACUUUACAUGCCAAUAUCGGCCAUGUCGACGAGUAUGUAAGAAAACAAGCUGAGAAAGCUGCGGAGUUUAAUCGGAAGCAUGGUUAUGUUCCUGAUCCCAUGGAUACUGUCAACCACGUUAACGAACACGUGCAUAAAGCACUUGAGGGGCAUAACAGCACAAAGAUAGAAAGAAAGUUGGGAAAGUAUCAUGGUCCAUGUUUAGCAACAAACCCUAUUGACCGUUGCUGGAGGUGCAGGGCAGAUUGGGCCAAUGACCGUAAGAGGUUAGCCGAUUGUGUCCUUGGCUUUGGCCGACACACUAGAGGUGGAAAGAGAGGGAAAUUCUACGUGGUCACUGAUUCAUCUGAUAAUGACUUGGUGAACCCCAAGCCAGGAACAUUGAGAUACGGUGUAAUCCAAACUCAGCCACUCUGGAUCAUUUUCGCAAGAAGUAUGGUUAUCAGGCUGAGCGAAGAGCUUAUGAUAGCAAGCGACAAGACAAUUGACGGUCGUGGAGCAAAUGUUCAUAUCACAGGCGGUGCAGGCCUUACUCUGCAGUUUGUGAGGAACGUCAUCAUUCAUGGUCUUCACAUCCAUGACAUUCAUGCAGGAAGCGGUGGUUUAAUUAGGGACUCACUUGAUCAUUAUGGAUUCAGAACAGCUAGUGAUGGAGACGGUAUCUCUAUCUUUGGAUCGUCGCACAUUUGGAUCGAUCAUAACUCCAUGUCCAACUGCAAGGAUGGAAUAGUAGAUGCCAUUAUGGGAUCCACGGCUAUUACUAUCUCGAACAACCACAUGACAGAUCACAAUGAGGUGAUGUUGUUCGGUGCAAGUGACAGCUACUCUAACGAUACAAUAAUGCAAGUUACAAUUGCGUUUAACCACUUUGGAAGGGGUUUAGUGCAGAGAAUGCCAAGGUGCAGGUUUGGAUUUUUCCAUGUCCUAAACAAUGAUUACACUCACUGGCUUAUGUAUGCCAUUGGUGGUAGCCACAAUCCUACCAUCAUCAGCCAGGGUAACAGAUUCAUUGCUCCUCCUGAUCCAAAUGCUAAGGAGGUGACUCAUAGGGUUUUCGCAACAGAGGACGUGUGGAAGCAAUGGACAUGGAGGUCACAAAAUGAUUUGAUGAUGAACGGUGCAUUCUUUGUUGAAUCUGGCGACAUAACUCCAUCCUUUCCUUAUUCAAAGCAAGACAUGAUCACUUCUAAACCUGGUACAUUCGUGACCAGACUAACACGUUUCGCAGGUGCCAUAAACUGUUUUGUUGGUAAACCUUGCUAAAAAAAAACAUAAACAAAAGAUGGAAGAGAGAUGAAAAGAGCAUACAGAGAAAGAUAGAGAGAGGCGUUAUUGUUGACGGUAUAUUUUGUUCUUUGUAUUGGAUUGUUGCUGGUCAUUUGAUGACAAAUAGAGAAAAUUAAAUUUAUUUUUAUAUGUUUAUAUUACGCUUAGUAAAGUGAAGUUAUACCUA